GGCCUCGCGGCAUGUCGCCCAGUCACAAAAAAAAAAAAAGAAAAAAAAAAGCCGCUGGUCUUGGCUGCUGGUAUAUGAGCUUAGGGGGAGUGUCGCCAGUGACGGAAUAUCCUGCUGCGCUUGCGAAUAGGUACCAUGCCGGGGAUGCUCGCACGUGUUGAUGCAGCUCGGGGCUGGAUCCAGCGCAGGCCCUGGAGAUCGCGUGCUAGCACCACGGCCGCUGGGAGAUACGAUGCAAUACGCCUGCCAGCGGGUGCAAACGCCUCAUCGUCGCGGGCGUGUCGGUAGGGCUGCGGGAGAGUUGCCCCGACUAGCAAUACCAAACACAGCGCAGACCAGGCCGUCCGUGCCGGUGAGACACAAUCUCGAUUCGUCGCUCCAGGCGCUCUCGUCGCUGCCGAACAGCCUAUAUCUGGGCUAUAUUUGGGUGCAACGACUCGGGACUAGCCCUGUUCCUGUCAGAUCUGCAUCCACUGCCGACGGGCCUCUUGCUUGGCUGGGUCGAGGCAGGCCCGUUGCUUUUGAUUCUGCCGGGAUGCCCACUCAGUCAGCGCCAAGCGGACGCAUGGGCCGGCGACGGCGAGCUUCAGUUCAUCCGACGAAUGACACACGGUCCUCUGUGGACUACACACGUAUUGCCGUGGUAUUUGAAAUCUCUAUCGCAUCGCUACUACGUCCCGGUCUGCUGUGGAUACCUACCCAACUACGACUAGGCAUGCUGCUUAUCUGAUGUACUACAUACAGUAGUACAUACACAUGCAUGGAGUACAAUCUCAACAAGAGACACAAGGUUCGAUGGCCCCGGUCAAGAGAGCGUUUUGUGACUUAUCGGCACGUUAGUUUAAGCCGACGCCGCACACAUGGCAAAAAGUCGACAUGGGACACCAGCAACGACUCCGGCACGGCGAUGCUAUUGUAGGCGUCAA